AUGGCUACUACGAUCAGUGAACCAGCAACAUCAAAUAUCACAAUCAUAUUAAAUACAGUUUAUGCUCCGGUGUGUGAUAUGCCACAUGAGAUGGCAGAAUCUGUGGGCUUCGCUUUCAAUAUCGUCAUAAUUCCAAUUGUUUCUUUCUUCGGAAUUGUAGGAAAUGUUUUGACAAUUGUCAUUCUAAAGUACAAUGGGUUGAACGAGUCUACAAACAUCAUUUUAACAGGGCUUGCUGUUGGUGAUUUGUUUUUCUCUGUGACACAAUUUUUCCCAGUAAUUCCUCGAUGUAUGAAUUCUGCUUUGGCAGAAAGCAUGUUCAACUAUUAUGCAGUUUAUAUAUAUGGAUGGAACCAAUACGCUGUUUGUAUCAGCAUUCACAUGGUGACACUGAUAGCACUAGAGAGGAUGAUAGCUGUUUGUUUUCCUUUCAGGGUCUCAACCCUUCUAACGCCUUAUAGGAUAAAAUGUAUAGUUAUUGCUAUAUAUUUUUCAGAUGCUAUUCUUUAUAUUCCUCGAGAUUUUAUGCGUGAAAUUAAGUGGACAUUUUUUAGCUCAAGUAACAGCACAAUAGCAAUUCAGGUUUCAACCGAUUUUCUUAAAAGCAACGGGUUUACUAUUUAUAACGACGGAAUUAUCAGCACAAUUGCAAUAUUUAUUCCAACAACAACAAUAAUAGUGUGCAGCAUUAUGAUCACAACAAAGCUAACACUAUCUUACAGAAAUAUAAAGAAAUUGUCGUCAAGUGAUGCUCGGUCAAAGAGAGUUAAAGACGUCAGGUCUGUUAAAAUUACACUCAUUAUUUGUUUAUUCGUAAUAAUAUGUGUGUUAGCGCCAACAAACAUAUUUAACAAAAUUUUAAAUGAUCGAAAUUUAUUUUCUGGUUAUUGUGUUUUUGUAUUAAUAUCUGUUGUGUUUUUAAUAUACCAAAUCAACGCAUCAGUCAACUUUAUUAUAUACGUCGCAAUGAGCCCAAAAUUUGUCAAAACUUUUAGACUUAUUUUCUUAUGCGCUGUGUCAAUUUUGCGUAACAAUUAA